CCAAACAACUGCCCUUGUCUCUACCACUAUCAAGAUGUCCGCUACUAUCUCGCUCGUCGCUCCCAUUGGUCCUGGCAACUGGCCUGCAAGCGCCGCGCUCACUAACCUCUCCGCAUCUGCUCGGGGCCGAUAUACGUCCAAGUUGACUUGUAAGUGCGAUCUUUUCUCCUUGCUCCCUAUUUCAGAUGACAGGUGGAAUUGUUAUCUGGGUAUCGUCGGGAGUCUUGAGGGCAGUCGUCAUCUUUCAUGAACGCCGUCGAGGCAAUCAAUCUCUCUCUCCCAGGCUACACCGGUUCAGCAACCCCCUUCGUCGUCCGUCCGCGCGGUCGUUCUGCGCAGAUAUUCCAGAUUUACACUCCCAAUAUGCCACCACCAUCAAUCGCCCAUACUCAAACCUCCAUUCAUUCCAAAGCGCAUGGAGCCACAUCAAGGGAGAAAUGUUCACGUUGAUUGGCCGUCACAGUGCCCUGGUUGGACCGGCUCUGCCUCCAGCUGCCCCAGGUCCUGUGGUAGUUAAUCAACAACAGCAUCUCCCCCUUAGGCAGCCAGCACAGCCCGGCCCACGCACACCCCUCCCAUCUUCCCGACCAAACUCGGCGGUGAUACCAGUUGAGGAGGAGGAGGAGGAGGAGGAGGAGGAGGAGGAUGAGGGCAGGGACAAUGAGAUGCAAGGAAUGGAGAUGGGGGGAGAGGAGGACGACGGGGGAGAGGGAGCGGACCUUCGUCUGCUGCAAUUUUUUGGCUUUCGGGCGUUGGGCAACGUCUUUCCGGGCGGGAACUGAGGGGUGGGAUUGGUUGAGACAAUACCAGAGAAUGGAGAUUGUUUUGGUGCUGCAGAAUGCAUUUGUCUUCUCCUUUGAUGCCGUGGGUGAGAUAAAAGUCUUAGAGAUUCUUUAUCACUGGUUAACAACACCAGACGGAGAUUGAUGUCAAUGGUGUCCUCUUGUCAUUACUUUUCGGCAGAAAUUUUGCUGUCGAGUAAAAAGGGCAAGCCCCUAUUUAAUCUGAUGUGCCGG